AUGGACGAGAAAAGUUAUUCACUGGACUUUCACCAUCGUGCGGAUGUUCAAGCUUUACGUGACCUUCUUACUGCUCUGAACAAAAGCACGUUGGAUUUGGUGACUCAAAAGUCUGUGAACACACGAUCGGAUCAAUCUGCCAAUGGAACAGUCAGCUUGAAUGAACCUGCACAGACUGUCCCGCUUGUGUCCGCCGUUCUACAUUGGCCAGGGCAGCCACGUCUAACUUGUAACGUGUCAGUAACACCUGGUUUGUUGCUUUAUUGCAGUCUGCUCCCUUUCGUCCGCAUACCGUUCUCGGCUACCUCCACUGGGUCACGAACCGGAUGGAUUCAAGAGUUCCAGGCCGGUCCUCUGGAGUCUAGUCAACCAGAUGAUCCAUUCGACGAGUUGUACAUCACAAUGACUGCCCGAGAACGUCGAAAGCGACAACCGGGGGCCGGGGCGGCCAAAGCAGAAGCGUCCGCGGUCAAUUCGGAAACGGGACCUGUUCCACCAGAUACCGAACGUCCGGAGGUCGAUGCUUCAGAAACUACCCCCAGUGUGGAUCCAUCUCUUACAUCCAAACGGGAACCGAAAAAGUCAUUUGAAUCCCUUGUGGACGCCAUCUGGUGGAGCAUACAUCAGUGCACUUCCACCGUUCCAACUACUCAGACUGCAGUAGCGUCCAACACGGCGCAUAUCACGGGAACCGAAACAGUUACCAAUGGUGCCUCCCAACCCGUACAGACAAUCAUCUCCAAUUCCGCAGCAGAUGAAUUACGACGUCGCCUGUUUGGCUGCAUCCUUCUAGUCGGUGCAGGUGCGUGUGGUCUAACCGGACACUGUUUGCAGAAGUGGCUACAUGCAGAGCUGGUAACACGCGCCAGUCCAAUCGGUUUGACUUCCACGCAGGUGGAGGUUAUGGGGCAACUGGAUCAGCCCGAUUCGGCGUGGAUUGGCGCGCGUCUAUUGUUGACUACUGACCUGUUGUCAGAUUUGUGGAUUACCGGAUCGGAGUGGAAACGGUUUGGCACUCGAGCGUUACGUGAAAAAGCACCUUUCUUGUGGUGA